GUUCGGAUCCUUCGAGAUCUUCAAGUCCAGAGACGAGCACACGGGCCGGGCGGGCCCCAGCGUGGGGAGGGAUGACAUCCGACUGCAGAUGCUCGACUACGUCAUCAGCACUUUCUACCCCGAAAUCCAGGCCUCUCACCCCGGGGACCAUGUGCAGAGACAUGCUGCCUUCUUCCGGGAGGUCACCCGGCGCACGGCCCGGCUGGUGGCUGAGUGGCAGUGUGUGGGCUUCUGCCACGGCGUGCUCAACACAGACAACAUGAGCAUCGUGGGGCUCACCAUCGACUACGGGCCCUUCGGCUUCCUGGACAGGUACGACCCUGACCACGUGUGCAACGCCUCCGACACCGCCGGGCGCUACUCGUACAGCAAGCAGCCCGAGGUGUGCAAGUGGAACCUGCAGAAGCUGGCCGAGGCCCUGGACCCCGCGCUGCCCCUCGAGCUGGCCGAGGCCAUCCUGGCAGAGGAGUUCGACGCAGAGUUCGGCCGGCACUACCUGCAGAAGAUGCGCCGGAAGCUGGGCCUCGUGCAGACCGAGCAGGAGGGCGAUGGCGUCCUGGUGGCCCAGCUCCUGGAGACCAUGCACCUGACCGGGGCUGACUUCACAAACUCCUUCUACCUGCUGAGCUCCUUCCCAACUGCACCAGAGUCCCCAGACCUGGAUGAGUUCCUGGCCGCGCUGACUGCACAGUGUGCGUCCCUGGAGGAGCUGAGGCUCGCCUUCCGACCUCAGAUGGAUCCCCGGCAGCUGUCCAUGAUGCUCAUGCUGGCGCAGUCAAACCCGCAGCUCCUGGCGCUCAUCGGCACGCGGGCGAGCCUGGCUCGGGAGCUGGAGCGCGUGGAGCAGCAGUCGCGGCUGGAGCAGCUGAGCGAGGCCGAGUUGCGCGGCAACAACAGGAGCCGCUGGGCCGCGUGGCUCCAGGACUACAGGGCCCGGCUGGAGGAGGACCGGGAGGCCAGCAGCGACGCGGCCGCCUGGCAGGCCGAGCGCGCACGAGUCAUGCGCGCCAACAACCCCAAGUACGUGCUGAGGAACUACAUCGCACAGGGCGCCAUUGAAGCUGCGGAGAGCGGUGACUUCUCGGAGGUGCGGCGGGUGCUGAAGCUGCUGGAGACACCUUACGGCGGGGAGGCAGAGGCUGCCGAGCCCACGGAGGCCAGCGAGGCGGCCGAGGAGACCGGCGGGGCGGCCGGCCGGCGGCGCUCCUACAGCAGCAAGCCCCCUCUCUGGGCGGCCGAGCUGUGCGUGACGUGAUCCUCGUAACUGCCCUGGGGACUCCGCGCAGGAGACCCCGGGGCCGAGCCCUUGAGUCCACGAGGCGGCCCCACUCCCGUCUCUCCGUGACGGCGGGGAUGUCCAGUCAGGACCUGACCCGUCUCCGCCCGACACCGACUCACCACCCCUGCCCAGCCUCUGCUCCCCACGACCGAUGCCCCACGCCCGCACCGCGCAGCCCAGAGGACCGGCCGCUCGGCCCCCACCCACCUGGCGGGGGUGGGGUGGGGGGACGCGGCCCCCCAAUAAACCGGCAGCUUCCUCAGCA